GUUCAAAACCAAGUCCCAGCUGGUGUGAUGAUGUAGCUUGCCGCCAUGUCAUAGGUUUCCAGUUUUAUCAACCCUGACAAUGCCCCGGUGUCCCAUCUGUGAUGGAGAAAACUUUGAGGAGAUUGACGGACGUUACUACUGCGAAGAAUGUCACACGGAGUCACAGGAUGUAAGAGAGUUACAACAGGAAGCUGGGUACGUGGACCCGUCCCUCAGGACACGGCGACUCAGGGAGACAGGCACUCCAACAAAGAAAGAGCUGACAUUAGAGGAGUCCUACCCAUGGUACACACACGAAGCCUUCCAGGUUAUCAUCAAGGCACAGGUGGAGGCAUUGGUCAAGAUGGGCGUCAACCCAAGGCUCAAAGAUAUAGUGAAGCAGCUAUGGUUCACAUACCUGAGUCGAUGUGGGGUGGCCUUCACUGGAGCAGCAAAGGAGCAGGAGCCCCCCACUCAGGACGGACUCAUGUUCAGACAACAGGACAGGAUGACGUCAGCGCUGCAGAGGAGAAAAUCUACCAAACAGUCUGAAGAAGAGAAGUCGUCAGAGGGAGAGUCAACAGAUGCAGGGUCUACCCAUGAUCCAUUGAGCAGCCAGGCCUCCACCAGGAGUGACCUGGAACCUAUAGAUGAUAUCGACAUGUACAUCCGAGGGUUAUCAGGACUGGAGACAGAGACAUCCGACACAUCAGUGUACGCCACGUCUGACACAGACGAUGAUCAGGAAGAUGAUCGGGGUUCAGUAGACAGUCGAAGGGGCAAACCUCGCGGGAGUAAAAAGGGCACUUAUCCCAUCCAGAGGAUGACGAUGUUGCGUACGCUGUGUUUUUCCUACCUGGGUAUUCUUUGGCUACAGGAACCGGUAUUGCCAUCAGACAUGAUAAGGUGGGUACGUGAGGGCCAUAUACCCUACAUUGCUGUGAAAGAGUUGCUCCCCAAACACAUGAAACUGGGCAUCAUGGACUGUAACAACUUCAGUGUUCAGGCCUUUCCGUCGUACCAAGUCAUUCAGAACAACACUGUACGACUGGCACGCUUUAUUCAGUUACCCCAGCUUCCAGAGGUAGACAUCAGCAGGGUCGCCAGCAGAUUUAUUUUGGACUUAAACCUACCUGCGGAGAUGCACGGUUUGGUAGAGAACCUACUGAACCAGCGCCCCAUCGACCCCUGCCUGUGGUGCAACCGAAGGGACGCCAUGUUGAACCAUGAAGCCAUCGCCAUGGGCCUCGUCAUCGUUGUCCUGAAGCUGUUGUUUGGACUGGAUGAUAACACAGAGAGGACUCUGUCAGAGACUGCCAGAAAAUUGCAGAGCAAGGAACAACCAGGUGUGAAGCUGUUUGUGUUUGAAGACUGGAUGUGUUGGGCCAUGGAGAAAAGGGAACAAAUGGCCACUAGAGGGUUACCUAAAACAGACAGAGAUAUGGAGGGGAUAAGAGAUGUGGAGCAGUACACACACUACUACAAAGAAGUCAUAGCAAAGUGGAAACAGAACUACAGAUCUAAAGCAAGGCCAAGAUAUGAGGAUGAUUUCCUCAGGAAGCAGCAGAACCGGGACGCGGUCCAGCGACCGUUCCAGUCUCUCGCAUCUACCUCUCUGUCUGACGGAGAUCAGCACGCCAAGCCCACCAGUUUCCCUCUGUCCUUUGGACCUCAUGUUUCCACGGCAACACAUCAACUACCAGGAGAUACUGACUAUAAAUGCCACACCUUGAAAUACAUGACAGACGUAGAAGACUUGUGGACAGCCAUCAGAAACUACCCCACAUAUCCAGACUUCAAGCUCCGCUACACCGGAACCAACACCGGCGGCGGGCGCAUCGUCAGGGUCACGGAUCAGGAACAUCUGCACGACACGUAUGAGUUUGUGCUGGGGCUCGGCGCUAAUCUCAUCGAACAGGACAAGUACGGCCUGCACCACUACGUCACAACGUUAGAAAAGCUGCUGGGUUCGUCAGAAACAGAGUAAGAAUUUCAGAUGGGAUAGUCAUACAGAAUUAACGUUUCCUUUUGAUCCGCCCAAGGACAUUACAAAGAG